AAGAAAUUCUUCUCAAACUACAAUAAUUCCAUUAUCAAUUUAUCUUUUACGUUAUUAUAAAUCACAAAUUAGAGCACGUGAUUUUCACGAUUUACCUAGUGUUAUUCGAAAUAGGAUAGUCGAGACUAUCUUUUUAUAGCGGGGGGCCUUGCCUUUCCAUUGCAAAACUCAAAUAAAAUACUUUGAAUCGUUGUUGCUCAGAUUGAAAUUGAGGAGAAUCGUCCGUACCGACCCAGCCGCCGCUGUCUUCAACCUCUCAUUCGAAACCUUUUCUCAGGUUUGUAGGGAGUGAGUUUAUCAAAUAAUUAGAAUGGCCGGUUUGAAGGAAGUUCUUCCUGUGCCGAAAGCAACCACUAUUACCCAUUAUGAUCACUCUAAUGAUCCAUGGUUUAAGAAGCGUUAUAGCUCAUCUGAAGCUGAAAGGGCUGAAGCUGUAAUCAAACCCAAUCCAGUUCCUCCUUACUUAAAUCGUGCAGGCUUUGUUCCUCGUAAAGUAGAGGAUUUUGGUGAUGGGGGUGCGUUCCCGGAGAUUCACAUAGCUCAGUACCCUCUUGGCAUGGGUAGGGAUAAAUCAGGGAAGCCUAGUGAGUCGAAAAUUCUGCCACUUACGGUUGACGCCCAUGGAAACAUUGCUUAUGAUGCCAUUGUGAAGCAGAACGAGAAUUCAAGGAAGAUUGUUUACUCACAACAUAAAGAUCUUAUACCAAAGAUCUUGAAAAAUGAAGUCGACACUGCUGACGAUGAAGAUGAGGAGAUGGAAAAAGUAAUUGAAGAAACGACACAAGAAACAAAGGCUGCCCUUGAAAAGAUUGUGAAUGUGAGAUUAAGUGCAGCACAGCCGAAAAAUGUUCCUAAACAGUCAUCAGACUCUAAAUUUAUCAAGUAUAAGCCAUCCCAGCAAUCUGCAGCAUUCAAUUCAGGUGCAAAGGAGAGGGUUAUCAGGAUGGUAGAGAUGCCAGUAGACCCACUUGAGCCUCCUAAGUUCAAGCAUAAGCGAGUUCCCAAGGCUUCUGGCUCCCCACCUGUGCCAGUUAUGCAUUCUCCACCACGUCCUGUGACUGUUAAAGAUCAGCAGGACUGGAAGAUACCGCCAUGUAUUUCAAACUGGAAGAAUCCGAAGGGGUAUACUAUUCCCCUUGAUAAACGUCUUGCAGCUGAUGGGAGAGGACUGCAAGAUGUUCAAAUUAAUGAUAAUUUUGCAAAGCUUUCUGAAGCGCUGUAUGUUGCUGAACACAAGGCAAGAGAAGCAGUUGCUAUGAGAUCAAAAGUUCAAAAGGAGAUGCUCAUGAAGGAAAAGGAAAGGAAAGAGCAGGAAUUGCGAAUGUUAGCUCAAAAAGCACGUUCCGAGAGAACUGGUACAGCUGCCCCAGCAGCUAUUCCUAUGCCUUCCGAGAAAAGCUCAAUGGAUGCAGCUGACACACGAGGGGAUUAUGAUCGUCCAAGGGAGCGAGAGCGAGAAAGAGAACGGGAAAGAGAGAUGGAUUAUCCAAAGGAGACAAGAGAGGAAAGGGAAGAGCGGUUACAGCGGGAGAAAAUUCGUGAAGAGCGGCGCAGAGAAAGGGAAAGAGAGAGAAGAUUGGAAGCCAAAGAUGUAGCAAUGGGCAAGAAAAGUAAAAUUACUAGAGAUAGAGAUCGUGAUAUCAGUGAGAAGGUCGCUCUUGGCAUGGCUUCUACAGGAACUGGAAGGGGAGAGGUUAUGUAUGACCAGAGGUUAUUCAAUCAAGACAAAGGAAUGGAAUCUGGUUUUGCCACGGAUGACCAGUACAAUGUGUAUGACAAGGGCUUGUUUACAGCCCAGCCUACUCUUUCAACCCUCUACAGACCUAAGAAAGAUAUUGAUGCUGAGAUGUAUGGAGGUGCUGAUGAGCAAUUGGACAAGAUCAUGAAGACUGAACGAUUCAAACCCGACAAGGCAUUUGCUGGUACUUCCGAGAGGGCAGGUCCAAGAGAUAGGCCAGUUGAGUUUGAGAAGGAUGCUGAAGAGGCUGAUCCUUUUGGACUAGACCAGUUCUUGACAGAGGUGAAGAAAGGGAAGAAAGCUAUGGACAAGGUUGGUUCUGGAGGGACAAUGAAAGCAACUGCAGGCUCUGCAAUGCGAGAUGGCUACGAGGGUGGAGGUUCAGGCAGAAGUCGCAUUGGGUUUGAGAGGGGUCGUUAAAGAGCCACUCCAUGCUGGUUCAGACAUAUUAUUUGCAGAAUUGAAUAUAUAACAACUGUUUUCCCCUAUGAGAGGGGACUGAGUCCAACUGCUCCUCCCUAUAUUGACUUGCUGAUUAAGCCUCUGGCAGGCCAUGCUUGGUAUGUGGAAAUACGAAGUUGAAAAGAAAUCAUUGUUCUGUGGAGGAGGAUAUGUGCUUUAUGUUAACUUUCGUUUGUCGAGAUGCUUUAAUUAAAUGCAGAAGUUGCGAAGUUAAGCUCCCAUGCUAAGUUGUAACUGUUUCAAAUUGCUUUCUACUUGCUUAACUUUGUUAGUACAUCUAGAACAGAGAACCGGUGUAAACAACUUAAGGUUGAUAUUUUUAGGUUUAUAUUUUACCGUAAUGACUAUUUUAUCUGUCAAAUGCCCUGGAAUAUGGGUGGUGCUUGUUAAAGGUACUGUUUAGUUGGUUGACCUAUUUGUUCACUGUACUUUGUGACUCUUAAUAGAAUCCUCAUAUUUCAAAAA